GUGUGAUAGAGCCUUUCAAUGUGGAACUUUGAGGAACAUGAACUUUUUAAGACCCCAAAAGAGGUACGUUCCUCGUAAUGAGGCACACCUGAGAACUGAGGUAUUACAUGGAUUAUGUUAACAUUCCACAGCAUAACCGCACAGUUGCCUAGGUGUACCCAAGUGUAUUGUUGUCGCUGGUAAUCCAUCACAAGAUGCUUGGUCACAGCUGCAUUAUGCGUGAAGGUAAUUAUCAGGCCCACUCACCAACCCCCAAUUCACACGAAGACAAGCGAGACAAGUGUUACGUAGCUUUUCCUCCUAAAUAGGAAAUUGAAAUUCACCGGAUUGUUAUUUUAGUUAGCGCAGGUGAGGAACUAGUCACGGUAGUUAUAAAAUUCUGGUCUUGCACAAAUAUGUGUUAUUGAGACAACAUUUUGCAGGGUGUAGAUAGUAACUUAUAUAAACUAAAAAAGUAAUAUGAAUUUCCCUAAUAUAUAAACACAGUACCAAUGCAUGAAGAAAUCUCCCGUUUUGUUUUUAAGAGAUUCUUGAGCCUGUUUUGCUCGAAUUGUAAGCCAUUCAUUCACGAACAUUUUCGACGGGAAUAACAGGGUCUGAACUUGGCUGUAACAUCUGCUCCUUGAACGCCUUCCAUAACAGGAAUAAUGCUCAUUCUGUUACAUGCAACAACAAAUCCGACUUGGCACCUAAUUUCUGGAGUUCAGCCCCCUUCCUAGCUAAGUUAUCGGUUAUCGCUGUACCUCGUCUCGUCACACAGAAACAUUUCUGAACAUUGCAGCCCUUUUUGUAUUCUUUCGUUGUUGUAAAACGUGCAUAUUUUGGUUUGGAAUUAUACGAAAGCCGAUUUAAAUUGGUAUAGUUUCUGUCAGGCUUUGAAAAAAAAUCCUCCCCAAGGCGCGUGGCCAAUCGGAGUUGCAUUCCAGUCGGCUGCAGCCAGCCAUUGGGAGCGCGAGAGCAGGCGGCGGUAGCAGUAGCGGUAGGCAGUCCGUCUCUGGUCAGGAAUGCCCGGGCGCUUCAUUUUGUGACGGAGGAGUGUAGUCCGGCGGCAGGAGGAAGAGUGGCCCGGUCCCUGCUGCUGCCCGGUUAAGCGGAUCAACCAUUAGAAGGGGUUGGCAGCCCCCCUAGCUGGGAAGAGACGAGACAGCGGAGACGCGCGAGUAUGUCGGAACACUGCUUUCUGGUGGAACUGUUGGGGGAGCGACUGCUGCGGAGCCGGGAGCGGGGCAGCGGCGAGGAGGAGGUGGACGUGCACUCGCUGGCGGCUGGUUGCUCGCUAAUGGGGCUUUACUUCGGUAGUAGCCUCAGCGCCCCCUGCAAGCAGUUUAACGUCAACCUGGCCGAAUUCUAUAGCAAGUUUAAAGAGUCUGGAGGGGGCACCCGGGGUCGGCAGCUGGAGAUCGUCUUCGUUUCUUCAGAUCAGGACCACAAGAAGUGGCAGGAAUUCGUGCAGGACAUGCCAUGGCUGGCAUUACCCUUCAAAGAAAAACACAAGAAGUUGAAGCUGUGGAACAGGUACAGAAUUUCAAACAUUCCAUCGCUAGUAUUUAUAGACACUGCAACAGGGAAGAUUGUGUGCCGGAAUGGAUUGCUUGUAAUCAGAGAUGACCCUGAAGGUCUGGAGUUUCCCUGGGGCCCCAUACCCUUCUAUGAGGUAAUUGCAGGAAGUCUUCUCCAAAGCAAUGGCCAGUUACAAGACAGUAGCAUUCUAGAAGGAUCCUAUGUUGGAGUCUACUUCUCUGCACACUGGUGUCCGCCAUGCCGUGCUUUAACACGGGUCCUUGUGGAGUCAUACUGUAAAAUUAAAGAAUCUGGACAGAAGUUUGAGAUCGUCUUUGUUAGUGCUGACAGAUCUGAAGAUUCCUUUAAACAGUACUUUAGCGAGAUGCCCUGGUUAGCAGUGCCAUAUGGUGAUGAAGGCAGAAGGUCACGCUUGAACCGUUUGUAUGGCAUUCAAGGUAUUCCCACUCUAAUCAUCCUUGAUCCCAAAGGAGACAUCAUAACCCGCCAGGGAAGGGUGGAAGUACUGAAUGAUGUGGACUGUAAAGAGUUUCCUUGGCAUCCAAAGCCUGUGCUAGAACUGACUGAAUCAAAUGCGGUGCAGCUUAAUGAGGGCCCUUGCCUUGUGCUUUUUGUCGAUUCCGAGGAAGUAGGGGAGCUUGACGCUGCAAAACAGAUGAUUCAGCCUUUAGCAGAAAAGAUCAUUGCCAAGUACAAAGCAAAGGAUGAAGAGGCGCCAUUGUUGUUUUUUGUUGCAGGAGAGGAUGAUGUGACAGAUUCACUUCGAGACUUCACUAACUUACCAGAAGCAGCACCACUGCUCACCAUUCUUGACAUGGCAGCUCGUGCAAAGUAUGUGAUGGAUGUAGAAGAAAUCACACCAGAGAUUGUGGAGGCUUUUGUGGCAGACUUCACUGCAGAAAAACUGAAGCCAGAACCCAUUUAAACACAAGCAAGAACUGAACUUUUUUAUAUGCAGUAUGAAGCAGACUUUAUUUAAAAUGAGAGUCUAACUUGGAUUUUUAUUUUAUGUGUUAUAACAUAUGGCCUAAAAUCCAUCAUCUUUGACAUGCCUUUCAUUGUAUUACUGGACCUUUUUCUGCUUCAGUUUGUUCAUUCUCUGAUAAUGCUGCCCCUUUCUGUUGAAGGACUGAAUUUCUGCCAGUUAAUGGUGAAGAACCUACAGAAAGACCGCCAAACUAUGACAUUGUCUAAAAACAGUUAACAGUAAAGCAAUUCAUUUGUUCAAACCCAGGAUACAUGUUUAGCUUCAGAUUUUGGAACUCUCAGCAUCAUAAGACAUGUCUCAUAUGAUAUACAAAAGAGUGCAAAAUUCAUUUCAGUUUGAGAGAACAUUGUACAAGAGUUUGAAAUAAAACCAGUUUGUAUCCACAUUGA